UCGGUGGACUCGCGGACGGAUCCCUGACCGGGCAGGUUUCGGGGCGCGGGGCGCUUUUCUGCACAGGGGGGAAGGGAAGCGCGCUAACUUCGCCGUCCCACCUGCUCUGUGGCAGAGCGCCCGGGAGGGGAAUCUCCUGCGCGAGCGCCUGCCCAGCCCCCGGCCGCGGUGCAGCCCUUGAGUCGGCAGCCUUGGCUGGAGAGCAGGGGCCACACGGGCAGAGCAGAAAGUGAAAGUAACUUGUGCACGCGGAAGUCCCAUGGGAAAAGCAGAGCCCCGCGGAGCCAGCGCGUCUCCCCCAAGGAAGAUGCGGCCAGAGGGCUGGUGAGUCAGGGAACUCCCGCUCCUUCGCACAGCAGCUCGUGGCGCAGCCUGGCCCGGCGGAUUCUGCACUCCCAGAGCCUCCCCUCGCGCUCUGCACCAGCCUCGCACCAUGCACCAGCCUCUGCCACCACCAUGACCGAAGCCACCAGCGCAGCUCUCUCCACCUCCCCCUGCGGACAAUGUUCCAUGGCCAAUGGGGCAUUUCCAUGGCUUGGGGGGCUGAAGGACACAGCCGACCCUGACUGCCCAGUGCUCUGAGCCAUAGCAGGGAAAGCCCAGACUGGACCUGCUGGUGCUUCUGAACAGCCUCUGGUGGAGGCUUUUGGAAGCAUUGAAACCCUGCGAGGAUGCUACAACCUGUUUUUUUUAGGUCUGUCUUUCGGAUUCUGCCUCUGUUCGUAGUUCUGUUGCCAGUAAAUUCAUCUACUUGUGUGAUGGAAAAUACAACUGUAAUACGUGAAAAGUAUGAGAAUAUCCUAAGCCACGAUAUUGAAUUGCUGGAAAAUAUGUCUGAAGAGUAUCGUGACAGGUGCUGCAGGAAUAAAAGACAUGAAAACCCCAGUGCGUUUUUCUGCAAUGAUUCUCAGGAAAUAUUGUCAUUACAGAAUAUGGCAUGUGACAUGCUUAAGUUCUUUUAUAAAAAAAAGAUCAACAAAGAUUUCAGAUGGCAAACUGCUCGGGUUUCGUGUAUGACAUUAGAAAUUCUACAUUGCAGAUGUGAUAGAGAGCAAAAAAAUAGAAAGGUUUGCAUAUUGCUUACACAACCCAGCAAAGACAUACUAGGGGCACAAGGCCCCAAGAAAAAAUGUUGCCAAGAAUUAUGUGAACUAAAGGAAACUAUAUCUAGUCUUAGAUCCUGCUGGAAUAAGUUUGAAAAAGAAAUUGCUAGGUAAAAAACUUAAAAUGCAAUCCUGUCUGUUUUUUCAAAGUACCAUUGCUUUGCACUUUACAUGCAUUCUUCAAGUAUCUCUGGCUGCUUACAUAACUACUUUUUGCCAAAGUUCUGAUGAGAAGAUCCAAUACCUUGUUCCUGGGGACAAAGCCAUUGGAAACCAACAAAUUGAACUGCUAAAGUUCAAGAAGUGGAAGCUAACAACACAAUUGGAAGCAAAGACAAACAGAACAGAAUGCUGUAGCCCCAUGAAAAGUACUUAUACUUUGUAGCUAUCUACAAAUACUUGGUCAUGUUUUUUAAGUAACUUGAUAUGAGUUUAAGGUGAGAAGAAACUUGUGAGGUGCCUACUGCAAUAAAUAAUCUUGGAAACGGCAAAGAAAGCAAAAUGUCAAAUUAAUUUGAUGUUUUAUAUAACUACAUCAUGGAUCAAAAUUAACAGUUAUGCUAGGUAAGAAUGGCUCCUGAGCCAGUUCUGCUGAUGCAAUAAUAUUGGAAGUACUGGGAUCUGAUGGGAUCUGCAAGCUGCUUUUAAGGCCAAAAAAUGGAACCAGGUCUGUGCCAGAAAAAGCUAGGGGAAUUAAUUAUUUUUACACAGCCUAGGAAGAGGUAUCAGUUUUGGAGGGAUCUAGCACAGACGCUGCUGAAGUAGCUAGAGGCAAGACGGAGUAAGACCUGUGGAUGGGGAAAAGGGUAGCUCCUGAACAUGAGCAAGAUCAGCUGACUGGAGAAAAUAUUAGCAUUGUGGAUUUGGUCAUCACAGUUAGCUGCAGGAAUAGUUAGAAUAGCUUACAUUAAUUGUGAUGACUUUAGUGUAUAUAUUUUACAUAGUGUAUUUAACAUAAAACAGACAUGACUUAAGAUAUGUAUGAGUAUUUUCAGAGAAUAAUAUAUUGGCAUUUUACUAAUUAUGUGUUCAUAUUUAAUUUUUGAUGAAUUUAUAAAUAUUUAUUAGUUGCUUAUACCUCACAAUUUCUUACUUAGAUAUUACUACUCCUUUUGUAACAAAACCCACUUUUAAUAUAUCUAACAAAAUGGUG